AUGUCAUCCUCAUCGACUGCAGAACAUCGUCAAGAUCCCAACGUUUCCGAGCUCAUUGAGGACGAUGUUCCGCCAGAGCUGAUUGAAGCCGAGUCUCGAGAGCUGGAGGCACAAGAUUCCGACACGCCCGUGCGCCACUUGCGCAUCGACUGGCCAAGCUCGUCGAUCAAGGGCUGCUUCGUCAUUGGGCCCAGUGUGCCUCAUGUACAUCCGCCUUUGUACGAUAUGCCAAAUUCAGCGGAUGUGGAAAACAAUGCAUCCUCUGCAGUAUUCCAAUCAAAGAGCAGUCCGAUUAAUGCAACGGUCAUUGUGCUGCAUGGACACGGCCAACGUACUCCACACACCGGCUCAGCCGAGUCCCAACCUGAGCAGUCUGAUCCCAUGCAACUGCUGAAGGCGGUACGCAAAAAUACCGUAUUUGUGCAAGCACGGACACAACAUAACUCGGCAUGCAUCCAUGUCCCAACAUAUGCAGGUCGCAAGCCGCUGCACAUCAAAGUCCAAGCACAUUCUGGCAAUGCAACGGUGAUUCUCCCGCACUCGUUCAACGGGCUCAUUUCCUGGAAUGUGGAAAAUGGCUCAUUCAACAUGUCACCAGGAGCUGCGUCACACGCACAGCGUGUCGACAACAAUCCUAGUAAGCGCCACGGAACUAUGCGGAUGAUUGUCGACCCUGAUCUGCCGGCAUGGAUGACAGGCAACGGUCGUCGCGGUGAUGUCUGUCAGAUCAGCACGCAUACAGGACGAGUCUAUGUGUGCAUGAGUGGCGAGAAGAGAAGCAGUGGCAAAAAGGGAUGUGUCAUUUGUUAG